AUGGGCAACUAUCUGCUUUCAUUGGUUGUGUAUGUUGCACGUAACCCGAAGGAUGUGUGCUUGUCUACCUACAACAUCUACACCUCAAUGGAAAGAUUCACUGGUGACCUGAGCGACUGGGUCGAACUCUUCACUGGGGACAGCGUAAUUUAUGGCCCAUACUGGAAGCAUUUGAAGCAAGCAUGGCACAGAAGGAACCAUCUCAACCUGCACUUCAUGUUUUAUGAGGACAUGAAAACCGAUAUUAUGAAUGAGCUUAGGAAGCUAAACACCUUCCUCAAACUGGGCCUCAGUGAUGAACAACUGCUUAGAGCCUCUGAAAACUCUUCUGUGUUUGAGAAGGAAAGAGUGGAUAAGAAGUUUGUUAUAAAAGAAAUCCUUGACUUUGUCAAAUUCUCCAAGGAGGUGAUAGGGAAAACCCUAUAUGAAAGGUGGUCCCUUCUGGCAAGUAAGGAUUCCAGUUCCUGUAAGGAGUUAUCCAAAGUUUUUGAGACUGUGUCGAGGUCCGAAGGUACGGAAAAUAAGGUAGAAAAAGGAUAUCGAACCAGAAGAACAUCUUCUAUUAAGGUUACUUCCCCAAGAUGUGUGGUGAGAGCCCCCGGUUUGACAUGCAACGCAGUGGACGCUUGCAGCACUUGCAGCAUGCUCAAGUAG